AUGACCACUCAAGACUCUCAAGGCUUCCAAUGGCGAUACGACGAACUCGACGACAAGAACUUCCAAAUACACGGCCGUACACUCUUCUUCAUCAUUGUCCUCUUUUCAGUCAUCUUGUUGAUCACUCUUAUGUUCCUCUACGCUCGUUGGAUCUGCCGGUCUUCCUCAACCUCAUCCGCUGUUGCCGAUACAACCGCUUUAUCGCCUCAUGUCCAGCCGGUUUUACGGCCACAAGGUUUGGAUGCUACGAUGAUUGAGAGCCUUCCGAUCACUCUUCAUCAACGGCUUUCGAGUGUUGGAGAGGUGGAGUGUUGUAUAUGUCUUGGGGUGUUUGAAGAAGGUGAGAAAGUGAAGGUGUUGCCCAAUUGUUGCCAUACUUAUCAUUGUGAGUGUAUAGAUAAGUGGCUUGUUACUCAUUCGAGUUGUCCGAUUUGCCGAGCUGCACUCCUGGUCGACUCACCUGUUUGA